AAGGGGCCUUCGGUGAUCAGUCAUUCACUUUAUUAUGAGAUACAUGGAACUGGGCCUGAAAAGCUGGUAUUUAUCAUGGGGCUGAAUAACACCACGUUUGCAUGGAGAGGUCAAGUGCGACACUUUGGGAAGCACGAAAAAUAUUCGGUCCUCGCCUUCGACAAUCGUGGAGUUGGGAACAGUGACACCCCGAGUGGUCCAUACUCCACGAGUACUAUGGCGGAAGAUGUAAUUACGUUGCUGGAUUAUGUCGGAUGGAAGGGUAGGCGUCAACUGCAUGUCAUUGGUAUCUCCAUGGGCGGGAUGAUUGCAAUGGAACUUGCGACUAGGAUUCCCGACCGUAUCGCUACGUUGGGGUUAAUAUCGACAAAGUCCGGCCCAAGGGGUCUUGGCUCAUUUCCCUCUUACAAAGGCUUGUCUAACCUCUUGAGAUCUUUGGGGACGAGGGACCCGAAGAAAAAGAUCCCUUAUGCUAUCGAAAUGCUCUACCCUCCGGAAUACCUCGAGUCCCCCGUCCCUGGUGACCCGGACGGAAAGACGGGUUGGGAAGUCCAGAAAACAAAUUUCCUCACUCGUAUGGAAGUCUCCCGUCCUCAACAGCUCAUCGGAGCCCUGUCUCAACUAGCCGCCACAGUAACGCAUAACGUAUCUCCAGAACGUCUUGCCUCUAUCGCAAAAUCUAUUCCAAAGAUUUUGAUCCUAACAGGAGACUCGGACAAGGUUGUCGAUCCGCGCAAUUCAUACUUGAUAAAUGAGGAUAUGAGGGAAGGUAGUGUAGAGUUCGUGGUGUGGGAGAAGACUGGCCAUGCGCCGAAUGGGCAAUGGCCUCAGAGGUUUAAUGAACUCAUCGAGAGAGUGUGUGCGGACGGGAGGGAAAAGUCCAGCCCAGUUUCUUCGUAAGCGUCGAUAAAAACGCCGGAAGUCGUCCCCCUCU